AUGACUAGACGAUUUAACCAUAGUCGACGAAGGUCUUCUGGCCGACAUCUUAGGGGAAGUUCUGAUAAUCCUCUCUUCGAAGCCUUAGACGUAGUCCAAACAGAGAAUAGAAGGUUGGUUCGAGAAAUAAUAAGUUUACGUCGUCGUAUUCGUAAUUUGGAGGAAAGAGUUGAGGUGCAGCAAGAAACUAUCGUCGAGAGUGUUCAGGGGAGUUGGAUGAGAGAUGCAGAGUAUGAGAGGUUGUUAGUGGAAAGGAAUAGGUUGAGAGCUCGAGUAGCGGAUUUAGAAGAGCGGGUUGAAUUAAGAAGAGAUAAUAAUAAUGAUAGAGGUAGUGAUGGUAGUAGAGAUAGGAUGGUGGGAUUUGGUUUCUUUGGAGGAGGAAAUUUCGCAUGA